AUGCCCAAGCUAUCAAAGUGGCGCAGCCGGAAGUGUGACAUUCGGAUAGCGAGGGUGUUACAAAGACGAUGUGCCGAGCUACUGGGUUCUGGACACGAGGAAGAAGAAGAAGGCGGCGGUGCUGAGGAUCUGGGGACGGAGGCGGCGCUUAGGACCUGGGAACGGCGGCAGCAACGAAGGGCUAGGCCGCCGCGGUAUAUUUUUUCGCCAUUGUCACCAUCAGGCAUCAAACUCGCCGUAGCAUCUGAGAUCAGAGGGAGAGUCACCGGCGACGCCCGCGACGCCAUCCUUGCCGAGGUCCAGGAGCAGGUUUCCAUCCUCUGCUCCACUUUCUCAUGGAAGGAGUCAGAUCGAGCCGCCGCCAAGCACGCCACUCACGCGCUCGCUGAUCUUGCCAAAAACGGUGUAAAUCCUUCAGUGGUUGUGUCUUGCAGAGGAAGUGGUGAACGUGAUUAUCAAAUGAGGAGCUAUUCCGGCUUUGGUUCAGCAAUUAGCACCUCCAAGCUCCUCCCGGCUCCCGUGACAGAAGAAGACCUCGUUCAGAAGCUGUUGCCGUUUGAGCAUGAGGUUGAGAAAGUGAGUGCUUUUGCACUUGGACUUCUUGUCGCUGUAGUUGCCACGUUGAAAGUUUCUGAAUCGAAGCACUGUUUCAGUGAAAGCAGUAAUGAAAUCAAAGUGCUUAAUGCUAAAAACACAAUGCAGAAAGCAAAGGAAAAGAAUCUAAAGAAUUCCAGAGAGAAGCAACAAUUCUCCACAGAGUCUUCAAUAACUUCUAUGUGUGUGGUGGAAACUGCAGGUCCGCUAUUUUCACAUUUCUGGAACGAUUUCUGCUUAUGAGAGCUUGACUCUUCGAGGUUAUGAUGUUGUUGCUGUUGUUUUGGAAGAUCAUGGCCUUCUAAACGAGGGUUCGAAUAAUGUCUUAUAUGCGAAACAAACUUCCUGUUCUAGUGCUACCCCCUGUUCCAAAAGGCUCAGAGAACAGAAGUUGUAGCUCUGCUAUUUGAUGCAUGUGCUAGUUGGUGGACUCAAGAACCUAAUGCUAUAUUACAGGAGUGGAAGCUAGGGGAUUCUUUUUUGGCCCCUCAAUAGCAUUAGCCAUUGGUUCAAAGUUUGUUCCUUUGCGCAAACCUCGAAA